CUGUAGAGAGAUGCUGUGCAGUGGGUAGGAGACCUGCUUCCCAGAAGUCACUCCCACCCUGCGUGUUGUGUGGCCAUGGCCACCUUGGCUGUGUGUGUCCCCUGUUGCCAGCAGUCCUGGUUGGUGGCGUGCAGCCCUUGUAUGCUGUCUGGGUAAGCUCCAGGGUGGAAAGGAAAGACAUGUCCAGGAAAAUGAAGCUAGAACUGUCUCAUUAGAGUUUCUUUAGGUGCAGCUCCAAGCUGCUCUGAAUUGCUGAUGUUCAGUCUCCUUGGUGCCUGGGUCAGUGAGAAUUACUGCUUUUCUUGCUGUACAGCUGUCUCUGUCUUGCCAGCCUUGAUUGCCUGGUGUGGUUGGUACUAGUAGAACAGAGGUGCUGGUAUUGAGCUGGGAUAGAAACUCCAAUUCCUGUUGCAAAGAGAUGAGAUUUUUACCCUUGGAACAUGUUUGGAGAUCAGCCUGGAUGUCAGGCCAGGAUGCUGGUGAGUAUGCCCAUCUCAAUGUGGGGUCUAGCUCUGUGAAUCCUUUCUCUUAGUGUGUUUGGUGGAGAGUCACCCAGCUUUAGGGGAUAAAAGUAUUGAAUGAUGUUGUCUGUGAUGUGCUGUUGUGGAACCAGGAACAACGGGCAAAAUCCUGGCUCUGCACUGGCAGGUCAGAAGUGAUAUUUGGAUCUUGGGAAUUGUGAUUAGUUUACCUGCCUUGUCUCCUGGAAAUUUGCAGAUCACAUUGUAUUUCCAAGUUGGAUUCCCCUGAGAAACACCUUCAGCUGUGCUGCGUUAGUGAGGUAAUGGGCACAAUGAGGAACUGGUGCAGUGUAGUUCAAGCUUUCAAGCAGUGUAAUGGCAGAUUCAGGUGUGUAUCCCUUGCUAAAGCACUUGUUUCUCUAGGAUGUUCAGGGGUGAAGCUCCAGAGCUGGACUAGUGAGUUUUGCAAGGUACCUAAUAAUGUUGGUUUCAGUCUCAGGGGAGCUGGAGUGCUUUUACAUACAUUAUCAUCAGUAUGUAUUUUUAAUUAUAACUCCUAGUAAGAAUUGUGAUGUGGGGGUUCAUGCUCAGAGUGGAGACACCAUUCUCUUUUGGAGCCUGGCUGUUGCCUUGUUUGUUAAAAUCACUGCUUGUGUCCACCUGCCGUACUAUAAAACUUAAGUAAUACUCUUAUCAGUCAAACUUCAUGUAUGCAGUUUUGGAGAGGGAUAGUAAGAAUGGCUGGGAGCUGGAAAACUUGAGAGAGUUUUACAUGCAGUAUGGGAUCAUGCCUAUUAAAAUGACACAGGUUAGAAAGGUGUCAGAGGAACAGUGAGUGCUGUGGAAAAGGGAUGUCUGUUCUUCUGUAAAAAUGAAAACUAAGGUGAAAGUGGUGGAUUCAAAAUGAAGAAAGUUGUGCUUUUCAGUGUAACUAAUGGUGGCAUUUAUCAUGCAGAGUGUUGCUGGGAACAGGAGUUUAUCCAGGUCUGUAAAGAAGAUGGGAUAGUUGUAUGAGCGUCAGGUACAUUGAGAGUUGUACCAGCCCCUGGUGGUGCCCGUUGUAUCAUAAACAUCUAAUUGGAAAGAAGAAACAGUUUCAUGUAGGUUUCCAUGAAGCAUCUCUGGCUGACACUAGAUAGACGCAGACAGAGAAAAGCAGUAGCUUGGGUGGAUGACAAAUUGUUCCAAGAACAGAGUUUCCGUGUGUCUGUGGAAACAAAUACCCUCAGGGUGCCCGCAGUGGUUUCUCUAUUGCUCUGCCCAUCGUGAUUGUGUGAACAAUACAUUCUCAAUGGCAUUUUGUCGCUCCUCAAGCUCCUGAAAGCCUGACCCACACAGCUCUGCCUUUCUCCUACUGAGCUCUUCUCUCCCUGACAUGGCUUUGAGAAACACUUGCACACUCUGCUCUGGCUGGCCCCAGAUGCAGGGUUUCAGCUUUAGCUGAUUGUCCAGGCUCUGGUGUGCUCUGUGGCAGCCCUGCUAAGGUGGAGCUGAGUCCCUGUGAAUGCAUGGAGAGUUUUUAAAGAUGGCAUCAGGAUGGUGAAGGAAUAUACACUGGCCAAGAGUAGGUCCCUUCCAAAUCAGGAUAUUCUUUGAUUCUUUAGCUAUGUGUGUGCUUUUUAGGUACUUUGUUUUUGAUAGAGAGAAACCUUCAGGAAAGUAAGAUGGAUACAAAGUCCAUGUGACCCAACAGAAGUCUGUGAUUCAGCAUCUGUGUUUGCUGGGUGCACAUGUGAGUGUGACAGUGAUGCUCCUGUCUGCAAGACAAGGUCUUCCACAGCCAGUCUUUCACCCCAGUAGCUUCAUCUCCCUUUGCUCUUGUUCUUGUAUCAGUGUAAUUCUGUGAAAAGCUAGAGAGAUUACUGCAAUUGCAGCCAGAGCAGAGGAGGAAGGAGCAAAGGAGAUGGAAACCAUAAAUUAUGAAAGGAUGUGGGCUAUCUGAUGCACAGAUUCACAAGGAACAAUGCCUUUAAAGAGUGUGGGUUAUACAUAGGAAAAUACUUGAAAUAACUUUACCAACAAGGGUUCCAGAGGAGGGAUUGGAGGGAAGGUCUUGUGUUUGGUGUCCAUGUGUGCAUUGGAGGAGAGAAUCAGUAAAGUUUGAAGAACUUAGUGUUUUCCUCUUUCUGAUUUAGGAAGCUCUUUGUUUUGCAAAAUAGAAACAAACAGAGAAAAGAAAACAACAAAUCAAACCGAAAACCACAGACCAGAAAAAAACCCCACAAAACAUGAAAGCUUUUCAGAGCUUAUGCCUGCCUGAGAAGCAGAGUUUAACAGGGUUGGUUCUUUUAAUUCGUGCUGCUCCUGGGCAUGGCAGGCCAUGUAGGGCUGGCAAUGUUUUCCAGUCCAAACAUGAGAAAAACUAAAACCUGUUACCCACACUUAAUCAUUGCAAUUAAGGUUAUCGGUAGAGACAACUCAGUGGAGAUUCUGUUUUGAUCUCCAAGAGCUGGUUUCGAUCAGGUUCUGAGCAACUGCAAGAGCUGGCAUGAAAAUGAUCUUUUUUUAAGUCACUGUCAGCAAGUCUCUGUCAUUUCAGACUGUCAGUAUCUGUUGUUGGGAUCUGUGGGUGACAGUGACACACACGUGUGAGUCAGAAGAACUCCCAAACUAUCACAAUAUGCUCAGGGAAGGAAAACAAACAUCGGUGGAGUUGUGGGCUGCUGAUAACCUUUUCUUAGACAAUGUUAUAAGCUUUUGAGUGUUGCAGGCUGUUAGGAUGUUUUCUGUUGCCCUUGAUGGCAUAAGGGAGCCUUGGAACACUGUGAUUCCUCAGCAAACCCAUAAAUUACUUAGGUUGGUUUGGGGGCGGGGAGGGAUGCAUGAGGGUCUCUGGCUUAUGCCAGCUUUGUUGCUGGGUCCAUCAGCCCUUUUUGGGAUUUGCAGAUCUGGCUGGGAGGGAUCCUUGUGCCUUAGAGAGUUUAUGCGCAUGAGCAUCCUCUAAGUAGGUGCCAUUCAGCUCCUGGCUGCCUUCCUCCCCUUGCUCCUGCUGCUCAGUGAUGCUUCAAAGCAGGAAAACUUCCGCCAAAUCUUGGAUGAUUGUGCUGCCAGUGGAAUAGUUAGUUGAGAUUUAAUAUGGCCAUUAUCUUUAGGUAAUAAAGUAUCAGUUAACUUGCCAUAACUAUCUUGUUUAAUGUCUAUUAAAAGCCACACAUACUUCAUUCAUUGGGUGAAAUUUAAUAGAAGUUCAUCUAAGCAUUUACUGCUUAUUUAAUUUAAAAAUAAGUUGAUCUCCAUGACUGGAGUAACAGGCACUAAGGAUUUAAUUAACAUUUAGUAAACUGCCCUGUUAGCUCUGAAUUGCACAGUCAGGUCUUGUUUAUGCAUCAAUUUGUAACUACCCUCUCCUUUUUUUAUUUUUUUCUUUGGCCAUUUGAUCUCAUUGUGGGGAGCUGGAGUCAUCUUCUAUUCUCCCUCUGCUCCUGAUCUCUUCUCACAUGGAGAGCCUGUGUCAGGGCUGUGAGCUGGAAUACUGCCGAGGAGCCAGGACCCAGCUGCUCAGUUGUGAGACCAGCCCAGACAGCUGGGCAAAGGCAGGUGGGAUGGAGGAGACUGGAUUGACAGGCUGUCCCACAGGCCUUGAAAAAGGAUCUGUGGAGCCCCAUGGGGUGGGUAGCGUUGCACUGUGUGGUGGGUUACAAAUGGUCCAGCUUAAAACCUUCCCCUAAACUUGGCUCUGUUAUGUUUAAGUAUCUCCUGUAGGGCUUUUUCAGUGGUGUGGCUGCUGCAUGGAAUUCAGGUUGGUUAGGUUUGCCUUUUGGAUGGAGAUUGUUGGGGUGUUGUUACAGGUGACUUGUGGGUGGUCCUGCUGCAGUGGCUGUGGUGGUUGCACCCCAGCUGGGCUGGUUUCUGUGUCAGUAAUGUGCAUGUGCAUUUUCAACGUGCUGUGUGCACGUACCCUAAGGAGAUCUCUGUUUCAGCAGUUUAUUACCUCACCUUAACAGAUUUGAAUUACUCCACUUAGUGAGGCAUGAAUGAAAGCAAGGAGUCUCCCAGAUAGUGCAGGCAGCAGCGGCUGGGUUGGGAGAGUGAUUGAAUUAGCAGCUGAUAAGUGGUUGUAGCUCCAGCUGCUGCAUCAUCACUGCCUCACCAGCCUGGGUGUCAGUGAAGUCCCUGUUCAAGCUCUUUGCUGAUGGACAUCAGCUGGCUUGGAUUUGACACACCUUGUUGUUUGAGAUAGAGACUUGAUUUGCUUAUCAUGGGUUUGGGCAAACCUUGAGAGAUACCUCAAGGUAUUAGUGUGGCCAAGACAAGCCUAUAAUCUGGAUAUCCCCAGAAAAAAAUGGAUAGGGAUUGUGGCAGCCACGUGGCAGAUCUGUAGUUGUUUGCAUGCUGUGAACUUUGUUAGAAGAAUGGUGUUAAAGUUGCAAAGUCUAAGUGCUCCAAAGCUAUGAAAUGCCAGAAUGAAGGUUGUUAAAACCUUAAUUUCAGCCUCCCUUGCAAUCAGGUUUUAUGAAAUAGCCACUCAAUUGCCAGAGCACCUACUCUUUGUGCCCAGAGUGGAAGGUGAUACUUAAUGAGCAUCUAUUCAGUUGCUUUUCUCUUUGUGCAGUGUGUGGCUCCAAGCCUUGUUUACCAUGUACUGUUCAAAUUUGAGACAGAAUGCAGAGUUAUUAAUUUUCUUUUGUGCUUCUCUGGAGCACUCUUUGCUCUUUCAUUGGAGCACUUUGGAAGUUGGAGGAACUAUUUUUUUAGUGUCUUCCCAAUGUGAAGGAAAAUUAUUCUUGCCAUUUUACUGGUGUGACAUUGAGGCUUGGAGAGGCAUGAAACUAGCUUUCUCACAUCAACCUUGACACUGAAAUCAUGGAGUAAAAAGAAGUUAGACCAAGGCUGUUCUUUUAAGUGUGCAGCCAUAACUGAUAAUAAAGCAAAGAAAUGGUUGGGGAGAGUUGUUUGUAAUUACAGACUGAAGUUAACAUCCUUUCUGCUCAACUCCGGAGAUUACUCUGAACUGUUCCUUGCACUUAUGCUUAUCUUCUCCCAUAUUUCCUGCUGUACCUGCCUCUUAUGCAUUAUCAUCAUUAUCUUUGAGUGGGGGCAAAGCCUGUACUUACUUUACAUGAGUAUUAAAAUACCUAGCUUAGUGUGGAAGCUGGUCUUUGCUUCUGGCAUUUGGAGGCUAGAGCAGCUUAAUAACUGUUGGAACUGAAAUGUGGUGGUGAAGAGGUCCAGAAAUGAGCUGCAGAGAUGGUUAAGGUCCAAGGGGUAUUUAUGUAUAAAAACAUCUUUCAAGGAGUAGAAGUAACGAGGACUUCACAUCAUCUGCUCGAUGCUUCCUCAGUGAUUUGUUUUACCAUGUAAAGUGUGACUGACAUUUUUCAGGGUUGAAGCUUCUUUUAAAGCUUCAGUUGAAGCUUCUUUUAAAGCUUAUUCAUCACUUCUGAUCCUGCAGGCUAUUUUUUUUGAGAAUGAGAAUUAUGCCUUCCUUAGAACAGUUUCACUUUGGUGCUUUUUCAGAGAAUCCAUUUCUUUUUCAACUUCCUUGGGAUGCAGAGCCGAGCUGGGAAAAAAUGACAUUGCAUCUUUACCAUUUAAGGAGGUCUUGGUGAACCUUCUGCAUAGUAAGUUUGAAAUUCAAGUGUAUGAGUAAUCCAGCUGAACUCUGCAGUUACUUGUGUGUCUGAAGAUAAGCGAGUGUUUUAGCACUGUCCUGUACCCAAAUCCUGACCUGUUCCCAAGGCAGACAGAUGGGGAACAAACAAAGUGCAGUAGGGUUAAAGUUACUGGGAAGAUGUCAGGCUUCUUUCCUACUGUGGCAUGCAGAGUGACCAGAACCUCACUGCAGUGGAGAGUCAGCCUUACACAGAGUGGGAGAUCCUACUGUGAGUGGUGCAGACAUUUGCAGACUUUUAGCAGUGGCAUUAAGUAGAGGACUGUGGGGCAGAAGCAUAUUUUGGAAGUUAGCAAUGAUGCCUUGGACCACUGCAUUGCUGCGGGAAUGAGUGUGGGGUUCUUGGCAUGUAGUGCCUUUUGAAUGUCUCCCUCUGCAUCCGAGGUUUGGGAACAUGGCCAGAGCAGCAGGUGGACUUAAAACAAUAUAAAUGAGCAUGUCUUUCUAAAGCACUCCACCCACCCAGGUCCUUGAAGUGUCUGGGUGAAAGGAUGGCAGCUCACAGAGUGCCUGUGUGUCUCCUUCCAUGGCUUGGCACGACGUGUUUUGCUCUGUUGUGUGGGAGAACUGUGAACUUGGGGUGUGUGGAAGCUGGGGAAGUUAGUUGAGAAAUUUAAGGGCUACAUCAUAGCCUGAGAGAAGGAGCUGUAAGAGCAGAGCUCAUUGCCUUACUACGCACAAGGAUCCCUGCAGGGUGUGUUCAUUUAUAAGUCAUUCUGGAUGAAGUUAGUUACUCCAUGCCCUCAUUGCACAUACAGCCUACAGGCAGUGUGUUGUGGGCACUGUUCCUACAGCUGGGUAUCAAAUUUCUCUGAGGAUGCAGGGCAGGUGGCUUGAUAUGACCUCACCUUUGCACUGCUGGGUGUAUUGCUUUUCAGUGCUCUGCCCUGGGAUAGGAUAGAGAGGAUUGCUCCAGUGUGUUACAGUGAUCAUCUGUGCUGCUUGUCCCCAUCCUGUCUGGGAUCAGGCCACUCUCUGAGCUCUUGUACUCAGAUCCACACCACCCUGCUUCCCUGGAUGCCAUGGCCCAAGCCUCCAGUCUGUAUUCAUUUGCACACCUGAGGUGGUGUGUUAGGUCUUGGAUUAUGCUGUCAAGCGCCAGAAGUCCAAGUGAAAGGGAUCUGCUCCAGCUUUGUUGGCUUCAGGGCAGCUGUCUGCCUGUGUUGGCUGUUCCUUGUCCCUUGAAGUGUAGUGAGGCACAAGCAACCUGAUGGGUUUUUGCAAGAUCUCUUGAUAAAUUUCUUGUGUCUCAGGUGAUUUGAUUCAUGCCUGAUUAAGGGUGUGCCCACUUUCACGGGUGGAGCUGGUUGUGCAAAGGUAGCUGUGUUAUCAGAAAGUCACUGGCUCAUCUCAUUUAGGUUCAACUCCCUUGGCAGAGACACCUGCUAGAAUGGGAAUAUAUUUUCUGUGUUUUAGUUGUGCAAAUUCUGCCUGAUGUAGAAUGAAAGUGAUUCCAGAUGCUUUUGAUCUCCAGAAAGACAAGAUCUAUCUAUCUAAUGAAAGGCAUGAGUAAUUCUGGGUAUGGUAUUGGUAUACUCCUGGGUUCCUUUUGUCCUUUGUUUUUUCUUUCCAUAUCCCAUAGCCAAAAUUUUCUUGUGCUGUCCAUAUCUCCAAAUUUGACCAGUAGCAUCUUGGGCUGGCCCUGGCACUUGUUUUGCUACCUGAAGGAGGGUUGUGAGUCUGGCAAACAGCGUGCAUCUAAUUCCUGUGAACCCAAGCACGGAGCACAAGCUGCACCCAUGAGGUGACGUCUGGGUCUGACGAGGUCCUGCCCUAGGAGAUGAAGAAUGCUGAGAGAAGAGCAGAAUGAUUGACUUGCAGACAUAGUAACUGAUUAUGAGCAAAGAUGAAAAAGAUGUAAAAAUUGCUUGUUAGCAGAACAUGACGAAGAUAAAGACCUGAUAAGUAUUGAAAUGUGUGGAGGAAAGGGAAGCAGUAGCUUCUGACAGAGCAGAGAUGUACAUGUAGGAUUUGCAACUUGGUGCAGAGCAAUUCUGGGUUGUGGGAACAUACAGCUGCUGUGGCUCUGCCUCUGCCAGCCAUUGCCACUUAUGUCCCUAUAACAAAUGUGCCCGGUUCAAUCUGGACCCCACUUGGGCUCUUCCUGUCCUUCCUGAGGAGUUCAUCUCCCUCGUGGCUGUUUAUUGCUGCAGUUUCUGAGCUGUGCAUACUCGCAGUCUCAUUCCUCAGCUCUUACUCACAGGAGGCCUCUGUGUGAGGGAGGGACACCCAAGAGAAACCUGAAACUUGUAAAGUCCCUUGCCACGAGGAAUUUGGGUGGCUGAUCAGCUGCAGCUGGGUGUUUGGGAGCCUGCUGGAGGUCUGUGGGUCGUGAGUGUGAUCUGCAGCACUCCAGAGCGUGGGAUGGAGCUUGGGGGAAGGUGGUUUUCCCCUGCAAAGGGCAACCCCCAUGUGGGGGCUCCUGGUAAAGCUGCACUGGCCCAGCCUGUUAGCAAAAGUCAGUUGUGCAUUUGGAUGGGGUAAAGUGGAGGAGGGGAGCAGUAUGACUCACUGAAGUUAUCAGCGACCAGAAGUAGGCUGUAAGCUAUAAGGGGACACUUCAUGCCUCCAUCCUAAAACAGUGAAAUGUGUCAGGGGAGAUACAGCUGUAUGUGCAAAUACAGUGCGUGGGUUUGGGUUUUGGUCCAGCAUUCCCAUCCAUAAAUAGGCCAGCCCCUUCCUUACGCUAGCGUUUGUGUGCACUUCUCAAACAUGAACCAGCUAAUCCCAACAGAUGUUUGGCAGCCUCCAGAGCCCAUAAGGAAGUUAAAUAUCAUUGCACUUUGCUAGAGAGAUGCCCAGGAUUCCAGUAACACCUGCUAGAAGAUCCCAUUGGAGCCGUGUGUGUUGGUGGCUGUGUGGGCUCAGCUCAGCAGGGCACCUGCUGCCAUUGCCUGGGGCUGCUCUGCCACAGUGUGUGAGGGCUGUGCUGGGCUCCCAUUGACAUCAAAGACACAACUUCCUGUAGUUUGUGAGGGAGAAUGGGAUUUAGCAAUAUGUUUUUACACUCCCACUUUAUUAAAGUCUAGUUGAAAGGAGAGGAGCUGUGGGUUUUGUUUGCUGCCUGCCUUUGUCCAUGUGCUGAUAGGGGUUGUGUGUGAAGUCCUGGCUGGACUGUAUCCUUUACUUGAGUUCCUCUCUUUCCCCAGCUGUCAACAUUUAGUUGCAAGCUUUAACACCUCUGAGAACAAGAAAGUGGUGAUUUACUCUGGAGUUGUCUCUGGACUAUCCAGUUUGUGAUUCAAGAAGUCUUUAAGAAGGAGUGAGGAUCAUAUUCAUUUUUCCUGGCCUCUAUUUCUGCUCUGGCUGGGUGGCUGUCCUGAUUUUUUUAGGCAGUGUUGUAAUUAUAAGGCUGCUAAGUGAAGUGCUUGGGACAGCAGUAGGGUAGUUCUGGGUUACUAAUAAAUCAAGUACUUUCCUUACGUGUUUCCCCACUCAGUUCUUCAUCAGUCUCCAUGAAAUAUAAAUGAUGGCUCUGAAUACCUGCAUGUAGGUAAAACUUCCUGGAGUCUCCUCAGGGCACAGACCUCACCAGAUUUUGCUAUUCAGCACCUCAAGGACAAGUCUUGGGUGUCCUCCAUGAUGACAGGGGCUGUGGGCUGCUUGUCCUGUCUCUCCUUGCUCUGAACCUUCUGCAGUCACUUGCUGCACCAAGUGUGUACAUCUGACUCUGCCCCGUGCUGCCAGUGGCUGCUGCCCAGCCUUUUUGUCUGCAUUAGUUUAAUUGAGUGAGGAGCUUGCAGGAGAAGCUAUUCAUUCCCCUGGUAACUGUGCUUGACAAUCAUAAGUUAUUCUGGGAGUGAAGGACUGUACAGAUUUGUUUACCUUGGUUGGGGAUCCAUAACCCCUAAUAGUUUCUUGCUCAUAGGAGCCGAGUGGACUUGGUUUGCUGCUAAUUAAAAGCCAAAAGGCUAUGUAGUCUUUUCCAAAAUAAUUACCAUCUUUGGUGAACAGAGCAAAACUAUGCUGACUUCCUAUUUGUUUCCAAACCCCUUGCUUCUCUGCCGUGUUACUUUGCACUGGCCCUGACACAUGGGAGGGCCCCAUCAGGGCCAGCAGCUCCAUCCUGGUGCACAGGGAAUUUGUGCUUGAAUCCUUUGUCUGCUGUUGGACCAAAGGAUAAAUAUAGAAGAAGCACAGGGUUGUUAAAAAUGUUAUGAAGUUAAUAAUUACAUUUGGGAUCGAGGAUGUGUUUUCUUGGUCGGAAGCCAUUAAAGGCGAUAGAAGUGAGUGCGUGUACCCUGUGUGCCAGAGUGUCUUGGCUUCUUACAGGCUAAAAACCAGCAGGAAGAAGAUAAAGGUUUUGAAUGUGUGUGUGUGCUCGCUACCAGGAACCCCACUUCCUAGAUAGUUUAGUUUCUAUCAGUAAUUGGUUUCAGAUAUACAUUAACUUUGAUUCAUGUGUUGAAUGGAAGAUGCCCCUAUUCCUUUCUGUUUGCCCAGUCUCUGCUUCUGUCAAGUUUUUGCCUUGACAGGACUGUACCUGCAGCAGGAGGGGGUCAGAGGGUCUUUUCCUUUUUCGGCUGGUUCUGAGCGUCCAUGCAAGUGUUUGUGCUCCUCCUGUGUGAAUUGGAGGGGCUGGCUGAUGGCGCUGCUGGGUUGAGGGCUGAAAGAUGUCCAGUCCAGAGUGGCUGGGCUCCCUGGAAGCAGGGCCUCGAGCUCUGGGACUGCUGUUUGCUCUGUGUGCAGAAGCACAUCUCCGGCCUUCUGUUUAUCCUCACCGUUACCUCAGGGUGGGGUUUGGGCCUCUGAGCUCCAGCUGGGGUAGGAGGAAUGGCUGUCUGGGCAGCAGCCAGUGGCUGAACAUCCAUCCUCUCAAAGGAAUGGUACCAGGGUGGGCAGGAAUCUCUCAGGACUAGGUUCAGAGGCUGGGACAGGAUCAGCUCCGUUCAUAAUGCUCUGGAAAUGGAUGUGUUUGACCUGCUGUAGAGGCUGGUGAUGGCAGCUGUGCCCACUCAUCUGCAAUGCCCCCUUUUGCUUUCACACCCUGGGUACAAAAGUGAGUUGUGUUCACUUCGCCCAGGGAGCAUUCCCAAAAUUGCUGUGCUCUACUGUGGCAUGUGCAGGGAGCAGCAAAGGGGCUGUUAUUUUCCUAAUCUGCCUGUUUGAUGAGGCAGUAUCUGGCUGUGCCCUUAGCAACGGGUUUUUUAAUGCAGAUCAAGUCUCCUGUUUUAAUUGACUAAGAAAAAAGAACUUGAAGAGGGUAUGAACCCAUGACCUUGAGAUAAAUAGUUUCUUAUUGAGCUCCUGAGCCCCUAAGCCACCCCCUCUUGUGAGAGUAGCGUGGUUUAAUCAAAGGUCAGAGGCUUUGUUGCCUCUGAACGCCUCAGAAAAAGAGGGUGACAUGAGAGAGUUCUCCCCAGUCCUCUGUGACUGCAGUCAUUUUUGGCCUGUCAAGUUCCCUUUGAGCUCACUGUGCUUGUCCUCUGUUCCUGGGUGAUGGCCCUCUUGACCUUCUGUGGUCUCUGUGAAUGCUGAUAAAGACCUGGUGAUCAGGUCAGCUGUGUUCCUGGGGGUUGGAACUAAAUAUGGUGGCUAUGGGCAAAUGGCUUUUGCAAGGCUGCUGUGAGCCCUUGUGUGCAACGUGCAGAUUCACAGCCCUGAUAAGACAUGGCCUUUGCUUACCAGCUCUUCCCACACUGCUCCCACGCGUGUCUCCUGUUUCUAGGCUGAAGGCCAAGUGUGGUAUCUCACACACUGCUGUGUGGUCAGUCUUGGCAUGUGCUGACUUGUGCUUGGCCACUGAUGCCUAAGAUGUUGCAGUUGAUCAUGAAGGUCCCCCCUCAUUUUAUUCUAUCGUGUUUCUAUCUUGGGUGGUGACCAGGCAUAUGUCUGUACCUCUUGUGAGAGGAGCAGUAUUAGUCUGUCUUUCUGUCUCCUCCUCUGCCUUCUGUUUUCCCAACUGCAGUCACUAAUGCUCCUUGAGCCUGGGUGACGGCUGUCAUGGAGCUGGUCUUGCUUGCACAAUGGAUGCUGACUUCCUUGAUUCUGUGCCAGUUCUGUCUUUGAAAGUACUGUCUGGCAAGUCCUGGAGAGAUCUUUGCCUCCAAAAGCUUCCGUGGUUCCCUUCUGUUUUUCCCCAUCACCAAGUAAAAAAAUAAAAACACUUGGCUCGGUAACAAAUGCUGGCUUCAAAUGCUGGUGACAAAAUUCCUGCUGACAAGCUUAGUAUGGUAGGGUAGGAGUAGGUGAAGACAGGUGUGAUGGUUGUGUUAUGCUGUUAGGUGCUCCUGUGAAUCACACAGCGAGACAGAAGAAGGUUGAAGAGCCCUUUCCUGGUCUCGAGUGGUUUGUACCUUUGGUGUGAUGUUGUGAUCACACGCUGUAGCGAAUGUUUCGAAUGAGUAGAUCUGAACUCUUCUGGAAUACAGUGCCCAGGUAUAGCAGGUUGGAGGAUAUCACGUGGCAAACUCUUGGAAGAGCACAGAAAAUGAGUAGCCAAGAAAACUUUGUGCUGAGAAACCAUCAGGUACAUGGGAAGAAGUGUGAUCUCUCCCUGCGAGCACUGGUGAGUUCCAGUAAGGCUGCUGGGAGAUUUGUAAUUGCUAACUUUGCCACUUUGCAAACCAUAAACUUCUUUCUUUUCACUGAGAAACAGGAAUGCAGACAAAGUGAACCAAAUCGCAGAGAUUCAGGGAUGCAAUUUUGUAGUAAUUGUUGGUGCUCUAGGCAAAUAAUACAAGAAAGGCAGUGAAAGUCCACUGUAUUUACUUCUCCAGGUCAAGGUACAAUGCCAUGGAAGGACUAAAUCCUUUUUAUCAUCUGUUUAUAAGGAGAAUAAAGAAGUGGCAAUACUUGCCCUUUCUCUGCUGAAAAGUUUUGUGAUAAAUCACAGUCUCCUUUUACAGACAAUUAAUUAAGCCCCUUUGGUGGGAGAAUGUUCCAGAGAAUUCUCGUGGAAGUCUGUGGGUGCUGGUUCUCUUGCACAGAGUGGUGAAGGGGCAUCCAAGCUCUGCCAGCUUCCCUUUCCUUGUGCCCAUGUCCCAGCUGGUAAAAUGGGAGCAAGUAUAGGGCUGGGUGCUAGGCAACCGCGUGCUCUCCCCAUCUCUGUCACCUUUUGGGGGAGCAAGUCCUUCCUUGGCAUGCAGGGGAAGUGUGUGGAGCUGCGUGUCACUCCGCAGGCAGAUCACCAGCUCGCUGUGCUGGAUAGAUGGGUGUUUGGCAGCUGUGCUGUGGGACAGCAUGUGCAUGGUCCUGCUCAGCUGGGGCAUUGGGGUUGCCUUUCCUUCCCCUUGCCGUGCUGCUGUGAGUGCAGGAGACCCUCUCAUUCUCCUUUUUUCUAGGUAUUAGUGUCAGGCUGGGGUUUGCACACCCCAAGGCUGGUGGUGGAGAUGUUCAGAUGUCCUUUGGGGAAGGAGAGGGGCAGCAGUUUUGUCUGCAGUGAAGGUCCAGGGCUCUGUGUGAUGGUCACAGCACGUUGUCACCCACAGCAAAGUAAAGGGCAGCACCUUUGUAUUGUCCCUCCCCAUCUCUGCCUCGGAGUGGGACUCUCUGGGAGCAGCCCAGGUUCUCCAUCACAUGGAGGAAAAGCGUACAGCAGAGCCUCAAGUGCUGCCCCUACUAUUUGUUUCUUUUUUAUUCCUUUGGCAUAAGGGCCAAAUUCAGUCGGGAGUCUGGCUUCCAGCUGAAGUCAGGAUAAUUUAGGGACUAAACCAGCCUUUUUAAUGUAUCUUCUGCAUGUCUCAGUCCCCAUCUAUGGUGGAGGUAAUGGUACUCUCUUGUUCAGAAGGCAGAUGCAUACACAGGCAUCUCUGGCCCUCGUACUUUUCAGAUGCAAUAAGAGCAGGUUUUAGAGCUUCUCAGAAUUGCUCCAGAAAUUUUUAUCUAUAUUUGGAAUAAAUGGGUCCUUUCUCAAAAUUGAGCUUUCUGAGGGAAAUGUCAUCUUGCAACUCAUUUCUUGUAAGGAAAAAAAAAACAACCUUGGGUUUUUUCCUAUUAUUCUGCUUGUGACGGUAAAAAUAUUUGUUGAAAACAGAAAUGUUUUUAUGAGGUGCAGUCAGUGGUGAGGCUGCUCCACAUGCUGCUGGGUAAUUGCCACAUGUCCAUGUUCACCUGGGCCUCUCUGCCCUAUCCAAGCUUUUUCCUUUUUUUCUUGAAGGAAUGAGCUUCUUUGGCCUCUCCCAGCAGCAGUUUGGAAAGGGGAGCAGCAACACUGAGAAAGUUUUGUUUUUCUGUUUAUUUUUAAUACAUGCUCAGCCCACCUGGAGGUAUUUGUAUUAAGUCUGAGAUGGGGCAGGCCAGUCCUGGACUUAAAUACCUUUGCUAUUAAGGUAUAAAGGUGAAAGAAGAUGGCUGAUGCUUGGAGGGGCAAACAUUUCUAAACCAGAGGGAUUUACUGAUCCUGGUUGAUUGUGCUUUUUAAAACAUCUCCAUGGAUCAUAAUAUUUUCAAAAAUACCAAAUCUGACCGUGUGGGCAUAGGAGUGUGGAAUCCAGUUGUCUGUCAGCUAUUUGUUGCUAUUUGUAAAUGAUCUGGCCAGAAAUGUAAGCCUUGAACAGGAAGACUGUCUGGUCAUAAAGGCUCCAAGUUUUGAAAGUUUCUUUUACAAAUGGCUUGAAGGACCAUGCUAAGAGGGCCUGCCAUGCUGUCAGGGGUUUCAUUGUGGUGGCACCUGAGCAAGCCUAGGAAAAGGUGUUCUCUGCCUUUAAAUUUUGGCCAUUUAAAACCAAAAUGGUUAAAGGAGCAUUUUGCUUUGUUAUAAAAUGUUACAAUAAACCCCUUAGACUGGGCACAGCAAACAUCUGCCACUUCUGCCCUAGGAGAUUGCAGCUUAAAAGCAGGCUGCAAGAGACCCUGGGCUGGGCUCCUGCCUUGGGGCACAGACUGCUCUGCUUCCUGUGCCCCUGGGCACUGUCAGUGUGUUUUUCUUGACCGAGCACUUUAAGCACAAGAGGUGUAUUAGGGCACUGUUCUCCUGGUGCUGCCCGGGGAGGAUGGCCAUUCCUUGGGGAGUGAGGGAGUGGCAUCUUUCAUGUUUUGGGUUGAAAAAUGUUAUCCAUUGUUUGAAACCCAGGAUCUGUGGUACUCUGAUACUGCAUUAUCAAUUGUCCUUCUUGGAUCAAGAAGCUGGGGUGCAUUUGAGUGAGAAAGUGAAAGUGCCCCCCUCUUGCUCCGGGUGUCUCUGACCAGGCUUAGUGAAAUGCAGACAGCAAACAGUGGGGGAAAAAGAAAAAAUGAAAAUAAAGCUCACUGAGGCUGUUUUGAAAAUCUUCCAGUAAGCUGAGGGAGUGUGAGCAGCGUGAGGUCAGUAGUCUGUGCUUGAAAAUACAGGAUCCAAUCCUGGUGUCGGUUACAGACAUGUAAAUCACAGGCAGUGCUGCUGGCACUGACAGGAGCUGCUGAAAGGCUGCUCCAGCAUGGGACCUGCAGGCUUUCUGGCACAGACAUGCUGAUUCCUCUCGUUCCUUAGCCACCCUUUUUUUCUAGCUGUCCUUGGGCAUUUAAAAUAACAGCAGUGCAGCAUGGCUGGUCCUGCUUUUGGGUUGGUUCCUGACUAUCGUGGCCCAGUGGCUCCAGCUCAGGGUGGCUCCUGGCUUGUGGGAUGCCAUAGGUAGGGCUGUCUCACAGCUUCCUUAGCUGCUGUUUAGAUCUGUUCUGCUCCAAAUGAUCUUUUAAUUUCCUAUAAUACAGCAGUCUCUGGGGCAGCUGGAUACCAUCCCUUCAGUGGAAGUUGGAUCCCAUCCCUUCUGUGCUGAAGUGUUCUCUUUUCCCCCUUGUUGUCCUAACUCAUUUUCCCCCCUCUUGUUUUAGUCAUGUUUAAUGAACACCAGGGCAAACCUGAAAAUCAAGUGGGACUGCAAAGACAGAAAUAUGUAUCCUGGUCCCAAAGCCUGCUGUGCACUGCUGGAGGACCUUGGGGCUCCCUUGGGGCAGUGCUCUUAGCACCGGGCUCUGCAUCUUGCAGCACAUAGGGGCUUCCAGGGAGUUUGCUCUCUUAUGGGAGCUCAUUGUCCCCACCCAAGCUGACAGUGUGUGCUGUGGUCAGGAUCAGCUUUCCUCCAGGACGCGAGUUGGACCAGGAGCUCGGAAGCGAUAAGCCCCAUUAUAGCUAAUUUUGACACAUGGGGUUGUAGUGGGAUUGGAAGCAGCUCUGUCCCGAGUGCUGUCUAGGAGGGGUGUGUGCUUCCUUGCAGACUGAAGCCAUUCACAGAGUCACUGCUUUUCACCAGCAGAUGAUCUGACACCCCAAAAGGCAGCAGCUGGGCUGUUUGUGUUGGUGACUCCCUGAGCAGGUGCUGUGCUGGCAGCUGAGUGGGGGAAACACGUCCCCAGCUUUUGUUGUUUCGUGUGAUCCUUUUAUUAGAUAACUUCAGCAGUGUACUGUUGAAUUGAGCAGUUUAAUUUUAAUCCACGAAAUCUGAGAAGCACAGAUGCAAACACAGAAAACUGUUAGGGCCAGAUCCUGCACGUGUCACUGUCCCAGUGUAGAAAGAUGAGUGCCUGUCUAUGUAUGGCUGUGUUCAGGUGUAAAGCUACCAAUGCAUAUAAGCAGAAUUUUAAGUCAGAGUUGGACUCCAAAUUGAGGUUUGCAUGAAAGGGGUCUAAUUUUUCCAAUGUGUGAGAAUGUGGGGAUCUCAGACAGCUUCCUCAGUGCUUGCAGUGGCCAGAGUGCCUGAGGGUCAGGGCUCUGGCAGUGGAGGAGAUAACGUGAGAAUUCUGAGUUUGGGAACUUUGGCCAGCAAAUAACACAUAUAUUGGCACAGAGUGGGAAAGACAUAAAAAGACAUAUGUCAGAACAGGGCAGGAUUUUAAGUGGUUUUCAUUUAAAGUGAAAAGGUCAGAUUGAAUGAGGUUGGCAUCUGGGGAACUGUUCAUGCACCUGCCAAUCAAAGGGGGGGGACCCAUGUCAGUUCGUGCUGAUGGGUGACUGGCUGAGAGCUUGUCUGUGUUUAAAAAUUGGUGACUGGAACAGCUAAAAUGACAAUUUUCCUUGUGGCUGUCAGGUUGAGCCAUCUGCUUUGUGAAGGAAUGGAACAAAGGAUCCCAGCAUGAGGCUGCUUUAUCCCACUUCAACUGGUGUUUGCACUUGGGCUUCAACAAGUACAGCUAUGCUGCUUUAAAAUAUAAUAAAUAGACUCUAAAUAUUGGUAACACUUUCAAGUGUAAAGGAGAUUAAAAGUGAGUGCAGCUUUUGAGUAGUCAGAAAAACAGAUGCCAUUCAAACCAGGCUGUUCUGGGAGAAGUGUAAUUAGCUGAAGUCAUUUUCACAGGUAGAUUUUCAUUUAUAGGGACUGUGGUGUCUGGUUACUUCCAUUUCUACGUGGCCACUGUGGAGUUAUGUUAGGGACGCCCGUUUGUCUGAAAAUGCUGACUUCUGCUCUUUAAAACUUGGAAUUAUUGCAGACAUUUUUCCACUGUCCAUUCCUGAAAAAUCUGAACAAUCUAAGAAAACUCAAGCCAUAACAUAGGACUGAUUCUUAAAUUCAGGCAUUGUAAACUACUGGUUUUUAAUCUGCAAACAGAAAAAGUUGCUUUCUGUAUUUGUGUGUUCAUAUUUAUUUUUUUUUGGGGAAACAUUGAUUCUUACUGUCAGUAAUACAGCAUCACUAUUGUCAGCCAGUGAGUGAAUUAACUGCUUCUGAUCAUUUUGCCUUUAAUGGAGUAAUUUGAUAGACUGGCUUGGGGGGGUAUCACUGUGACCAGUCAGGCUGUCCCUGUCCUGCUCUCCUGUGGAUGUGCUGCCAGGAUGGAGUGCCUGAAGUGCCUGCCUGGGCAUCCACAGAGUGCUGGGCCCCACUUGCUGCUGAGAAGGUGGUUUCACAGCAAGUUUUCAGCUGGGUGCCUCAAGGAGGGUAUGUGGUGUCCUGCUCAUCUUGCUGCAGGAACCCAGUCACAGGUGACAGGGACAGCUGAUGUGGGAAGCAAAGCCAGGAAGAUGCAGUUCAACUGGCCAAAUCCUAUCACUGAUGUAAAAAUUUUGUGAGUUAAACCUGGUGAGAGACAAUCCUGAACCAAGAUUUUUUAAACACGGGUUGGGUCCCAAGAAGUAUUGUCUUACCUGGAGCUCCUGUGGUGGGGCUAUUGUGAGUUGAACUGAAAUAGUGUUGGAAUCAGAGGGGAGUGUUGUUGUCUUCUGCCUUUGCAGAUAAGACUGAAGGGCUUUUUGCCAGGAGCCUGUGGGAAGGACCUAAAUUGUAUGUAACUUUACAUCAUUUUUAAAUGAAAAGUAAACAUGCACAGCCAUAAUAUUUGCUUGUUCUUGUCUCCUCGUUGAUGGAUGGAGAGAAAUUGCUCUUUGGCUGAGUUCAUCAGCAGUAAACCUCUGCAGUUACUUAUCUUCAUCCCUGCAGUGAGAGGGAGAGGCCAUUGGAAUUUUCAGUUGGUUUUGUCCUCAUAACCCCUUAGGGGAGCUCUGAUGGUCCUGUGGACUCUCAGACCUGCCUAUCCCUGUGGUGAAUCAGGGCUGGGUGCUGGCACAGGGACCAUGGGACUGAGCUGGGUCAGAAUGGAGCUCAGUGUGCUCUUGUGGUGUUGGUACAAUGGAUAUGUGCUUCUGCUUGGGAGAAGCAAAAGCCCUGCCACUCUCCUGACUGUUGUAGCCUCAAACAUUGCAUGGGGGACAAGGGGUGUUGGAAGGGCAGGAAGCCAUCUCACUGUGUGACAGGGAAGAGGGGCUUGGACCAUGGGCCACCAACACAUUUUGCUCCUUGUUUAUUUUAGAUUUUUGGGCUCACAUGCGCCAUCAUGAACAGCACAGGUAUAACAAACAAGUCUGAACUGAGCUUUUCCAUAGUGACAGCAGCAAAUAGCAGAAGCUUCCUCUGCUGAGCUGCAGUGACAAGCUUGUGCUUGUCAUGGGCAGAGAUAGGGCUUUAGAGUGACAAGGAUGUGGCUGGGACGGGAUGCUGGCCAGGGGCUGAUGGGGACAGGAAGGAGUGUGUGCUUCAGAUGCUGCUGGUCUCUCUAGGAUGCACCCUGACGUGUGUCCUGGCAUGUCCCAUGCCACAUGCAGAAUGGUGGCCACGUGGCCUGAUUGUCCCCUGUGCUCUAACUUCAUCAUCUGCAGAAGGGGAAAGCACAACAUUGACCAGGUCACAUCAAGAGAAGGGCUGGGAAAGAAACCCGAAGUCGUGAGUCUGGUGGAGGGCUGCGUGUUUCCAAACGCCCUGCUCUGAGUUUAUCCCACCAGUAAGGCUGUGCAGCGUGAGAGCUGAGUACUUUGUAACUGUGUGUGCCUGAAUGCAUCAUCAGCCUUUGGAGGUGAGCGUCUUCCCUUGAAACAGCCUCGUGAUAGCCAAGUGCCUUCUCUCUUGGGAGGUCCCUUGGAAGAGCCUGUCUGUACGUCUGACUGGGUGCCUGACAGGGCUGCCUUGCUUCCAGACCUGAAGCAUGUCCCACCCAUCCUGGCUGCCACCCAAGAGUACCAACGAGCCUGUUGGCCACGUUACUGCAAGGAUGGAGACCACACACACCUUUGGGACUCCCAGCAUCUCCGUGUCCACCCAGCAGACCCCAAAGAAGUUUGCGCCUGUGGUCGCCCCCAAACCAAAGUACAACCCGUACAAGCAACCAGGAGGGGAUGGGGACUUUCUUCCUCCCCCACCCCCUCCUGUGGAUGACCUUGGGAACAUCACAUCAUCACAAAGUGCCUUUCCCCCCCCACCCCCUCUGGAUGAUGUUACUUACAAUGUACAGGUGAAUCCUGGUGGCAAGACCCUUGAGGAGAGGCGGUGCAGUUUAGAUGCAGAAAUCGACUCUCUGACCAGCAUCCUGGCCGACCUAGAGAGCAGCUCUCCAUACAAACCUCGGACCCAACAGGGCUCUGGGACCUUAAGCAGCUCCGCUGCCACCACCCCAUCCGUGUCCACUCCUGUCACUGGCCACAAGCGGAUGAUCAUCCCCAACCAGCCUCCUCUCACCGCCACCAAGAAGUCCACUGCCAAGGGCCCGGGGCAGCCGGCACCCAUCCCGGUCACUCCCGUUGGCACCCUGAAGCCGCAGCCGGUGCCGGCCUCCUACGCCACGGCCUCCACGCCGAGCCGCCCGGCCUUCAACGUGCAGGUGAGGACGGCGCAGCCCAGCCCUCACUACCAACCGCCCAGCCCGCAGCCCGGGCACUACGGCAGCCUGGGGCCCGGCCAGGCCUACGCUGCCGCGCCGUCCCGCCAGCCCCCUGCCCCUCAGUACGGAGCGCCGCAGCCUCAGGGGCCCAACUACGGCUACGGCCCUCCGCCCGGCCGGCCCGCCGAGCCCGCCUACGGGUACGCGCCCCCGCAGGGCCGCUACCAGGACCCCUACUACGGGGGCUACGGCGGCAGGAACGGCUCCGAGGCGCCCUACGUGCCGCAGAGCUCCUGGAAGGCCGAGCCGGCGUAUCCUGCGAGUAAUGCCAUGGGCCAGGCUCCCCCUGGGCUCUACCAGCCACCGGGCACGAAGAAGACCUACAUCACUGACCCAGUGCUGGCCCCGCAGCCGCCCGCCCUGCAGCAGAAGAGUGGGUAUCCAAGCUCUGGACCUACAUCAAGCACUCCUGCCUUCAGGCCUGAGGAUGAGCUGGAACAUCUGACCAAGAAAAUGCUGUAUGACAUGGAGAAUCCUCCGUCUGAUGAAUACUUUGGACGCUGUGCCCGCUGUGGGGAGAAUGUUGUCGGAGAGGGCACCGGUUGCACAGCCAUGGACCAAGUCUUCCACGUGGAGUGUUUCACCUGCAUAAAGUGCAGCAACAAGCUGAGGGGACAGCCUUUCUACGCUGUGGAGAAGAAAGCCUACUGUGAGCCCUGCUACAUUAAUACACUGGAGCAGUGCAGUGUCUGUGCAAAGCCCAUCAUGGAAAGGAUCCUCCGAGCCACUGGGAAGGCCUACCAUCCCCACUGCUUCACCUGUGUGAUGUGCCAUCGCAGCCUGGAUGGGAUUCCCUUCACCGUGGAUGCUGGUGGCAACAUCCACUGCAUUGAGGAUUUCCAUAAGAAAUUUGCCCCGAGGUGUUCUGUGUGUAAGGAGCCCAUCAUGCCAGCCCCGGGACAAGAGGAGACCGUGCGCAUUGUUGCCCUGGAUCGUGACUUCCAUGUCCAGUGCUACCGGUGCGAGGACUGUGGUGGCCUCCUGUCUGAAGGGGACAAUCAGGGCUGUUACCCUCUGGACGGGCACAUCCUCUGCAAGACCUGCAACUCUGCUCGGAUCCAGGCUCUGACUGCCAAGGCCAGCACUGAUCUCUGAGUAUCAACUGUGACCCUCCCCAGGAUGCCCAUUGGGGGAUAUUGCACAAGCUUUGCAUGAUUUCUUUCCAGCCUAGGGUCUGAAUCUUUGUUAUUGAAAAAAAGAAAAAGAAAAAAAAAAAAAAAAGGAGAAAAAAAGUAAAACUGGAAGGCCUUGGAACAAGAGGGCAGUUUGAGAGGCCAUGUUCAGACAGCCCAUGACAGGCACCUAAUUUAGGCACAACUGUCCAGGAGGGCAGUGGGUGAGUCAGAGCAGCUGCUCUGUCUGCAGCUGAUGGAGUUAAGGGUCACAGCACCUAAGUUAUCUGCCUGUAUAAGGAGGUCUGAACAUGGUCCUUAUGCUUCUGUGUUUGAUUCCUGUUUCUUAAGAAGUACAUGAAGGUAGAGGGUGAAGGAUGGCUGAAGUACUUAUUUCUCCCAAGUUACUCUGAGAACCUGAGCAGCUCUCAUUGUAGUCAUGGGACUUCAAUGUCUGCUGAUGACUUUAAUAGGAUCUGUGUCACCAGUAGAAGUAGCUCCACUGUCCUAGAAGGUGUGAGAGCAGACCCAGCAUUAACACAAACAGUGCAACUGCAACUGUACUGCAGCUGAGUGUAGGUGUGAUCUUGUAUCCUUGGGACACAGACUGGUCAUUUCUUAGGCCCUUACUUGUCUCCAUUCCCUUCCAGUUCAAUAGCGUUUUUCUUUUACUCAUGGAAAUCUACUUAGCUAUUGCAUAAAUUUAUUCAGUAGUGAUGCUUCCAAUUCACAAUGUAUGAGCAAUCACAGAAAGAUGUGAGCUUGCACACACUCACUGUACACUACACACACACUACACACUACACACACAACAUGCUUUUGAUUUACUGGAGGCAUAAGCUAGUCAUGUCCCUUGAGAAGAUAUUUAAGGGAUGUGGGGCUGGAAACACAUUUCUGAAAUCCCAGUGGUUAAAAAAAGAUAAAAAUGACUACAUAGAACUGCAGUGCAAAGCGGUGCUCAGAAAAAUCUUAAGCCACUCUCUCAUACAGCCCGUUGUAGUGGGACCACUGGCAGUGCUGGUCUCUGGGUAGACAUUCAAGCAAUAAAGUCUUUUUCAAUCUCCUGUUAUUGCAGUGGGAGGAUUUUCCUUCAACAGUAACAGGGAUUGAAUCAGGCUUUGGGAUGAUACAUAUUUCUCUGAUGUUAACACAUGUGAUCUGUAUUUUUCAAUUUAAAAAGUCAGGUCUUGUUUCAACAACAGCAAAAAAGAUCAUCCUAGAUACAUGUUCAGUUUUCAUCCUAAGAAAGCUAGAGAGGGUAUUAAACCCUUCACUAUGCCAUUCCAGAAAGCAAGCAACUUUUUUACUCUUCUGUUUUAAUCCCAGCCACUUUGAACUUGCCUCUGUGAAAUUCAUGGCAGUAGAGUGCUGGGCCAGCAGCAGCAUUUUCAUCUCUAGUCCAGAAUUAAUUUAUAUACCAAGGUAAAUAAAACCUGGGCAUAGAUAAUACUUUUUUUUUCACAUGAUCAUGGGUUUAGGGUUUCUUUGAUUUUUUUUUUUAGUUUGUUAAUUAAAAACAAAUCAAAAAAUUAGAAAUCCAUGGCAUUCUGAGCAGCUAUAAUAGUCUUGUUCAUGAAACCCGUAAUAACUAAGGUGCAAAUUACAUAGUGAGGGAGUAAUUUUCAUAUCACUGAAUUGACAUUAAUAUCUUAUUUGCAGAUGUAAUCAAGGAAAAUACCUUUCUUUGCACUUAAAUUAAGAAGCAGAACUGAAACAGCUGCAGGCUGAUUGACCAUAAAAGUGACAAAAUGUAACUUUUCAAGAGUAAGUUAGAUGAUCUUUUUUUCAUGCAUUCCACUGAAAAACAAUAAGAAUGUGGUGCUUUCCUCUUUGUAUCAGGCUUCUGUUAUAGAGAAUAAUUAUAUCCACUAAUGCUGAAAAGUUAGAUGAGCUGAACUGAUAGGAAACAAAGGAAAAAUUGUGAUGUGAUACUGCAGCUACUGCAUACGGUGCAUUUCUUUUCAGUUUAGCACUAACCUUUCUGGAAGAGCACUGUGAUAUUCAGUAGCUUCAGCUGUCUGUGGUGAAUUCAAAUUCAGAAAUACCAGUCUGAAACCUCCGUUCCUUACAUGGUUUAUAUGUUGGCAAACUUCACCAAUGUCAGGGAAGUUUCCCAAAAUUCACAGCUUGAAAUGAAUCCUUCUUUGUAAAAGGGUAGCAUCAUUGAGCAGAAGACUUCCUUCUCCACCAUAGGGGUUGUGCUGAAGCAGUUUGACUUUUUAUACUGGAUUUCUACCCUGGCCUGCAAGAAUGUUACUGCCUCAGACAUAAACAGAUUUUUUUGGCACCCUGGCUCCCACCAGGUUCCACCUGGGCUCCUGCUCCCUGAACUGUGGCAUGUAAGGUCCUUCUGAGCUUGCUUCUCGAGACAGUCUGCACCACCACCAGUCUAAAAAACCUUGCAAAUACUGAGCAAAUCUAGUUUGAGCUAACCCUACAAAAACAGGGGAGGUCAGUGCUGGGAUACUAGCACAGGUGAUUUUGUGAUGCAUUUGGGCUCAGAAUGAGCCAUUCAUCAGGCAGAAAACAUGGCUCUGAUCUUUCUUACUCUUGUGAGUGUCAAAUCAAGUGGCUGAUGAGACUCUCCUGAAUAAUGCUGAGGUAAUUGAUGGGAACAAGCUGCUGUGCCUUCCAGCAGAAUGUGGCCUAGACUAGAGCUCAGAGUCUUUGGGCUUUACAUGGCCCUGCCAUAGGCUGGGCUGGAGCAAGUCAUAUGGCUCCUUGUCUUCUGCCCUCUGCACGAGAGAGCUUCUUUGCAGUUUCCCAGAGACAUUAUGGGGACCAAACUAGUCACAGACUAGCACAAACUACUGAUUUCUGGAGCUCUGUUUUCUCUUUCCAGAAAGGUUUGCUGGUAUGUAGGCCUGGGAUUCCAGCCCAUUUCAAUGCACACAGCCAGCCAGGAGAUCCAGCUCUGAAUCCUCUCUGUUAGGAGAGUGCUGUGGUGAGUUGGGCUGGCAUGCAGGGAGGUGAGAGCCAAACUUCUCAAGCAUUAAAUACUUCAUGGAUGAAAUAUGAUUGACAAAGAUUGAACAGUGUUGAUGUUUGAGGUGCUGUGGCUGGUUUCUAGACCUGACACAUCUGUGCAAAGCUACUAUGAUGGGGUUUUUUUCACCCCUGGACACCAAAGCCAUCUGCCCAUUGGAAGGAAGGAGUGUCCUCUUCUUUAUUCUGUGUGGUUUUGUUUUCCAAAAUUGCUAUAAAUAUAUUUGAAAGAUAUUGUAUCACAGAGGCUCUCAUCACCCACAUGUAUAUGGAAAUCUCCCUGCUGAUGCCUCAGGAUUUAAUAAGAAAUGCUGGUGGGAUUUAUCUCAAUUGCACUGCAAUUAAGAACCACUGGGAUAUGGCUUCAUCACAAUAUUUAUCACAUACUUAUAAUAUAUCAUGUUUAUCUGUUCCAAAGAAGGAGUCUUUUUGCCAAAGAGACAUUGCUUUUCUCAAGUUGGACCUUCUUAGCCAUGACAAAAAUUCACAUCAUCUGUGGCUGUGGUAAUGUCGAAACUGUUCCUUUCAGAAAGAAUUGGAAGAUCACCCAGACAUUUCUGCUCAAGUCUGCAGUUUCUGCUUAUGCUGCUUUGUCUUUGUCUAGCAUUUGUUGGUGAGUUGGGCCUGAUCCCAUGAUUUCUGUGGCCAGACAGGGCCCAGGAUCAGGUUCUGAUUUAGCAAAAUAUUUAUGUCCCUGGGGUUUGUUUAAGUGCAGACUUAAAGCCAUUGCAUGGUGUGACAUAAGCCAUUAAUACCAGACGGGUUUUUAUCCCCUGAUCAUACGGGUUUGAUCUGGGUAGGAUGUGGGCACAGUUAAAUUUCUAUCAACGUAUCCAGAAGACAGGAAAUGGCUCCUGUGUCACCCUUAUGCCAACUGUAGGAGAACACCACAGCUGAUCAAACGUAACAUUUGGAUGACCGGAGGUUGAGUUGUUAAAAGAUGAGUGCUUUGUGUUGGGUGGUUGUGGCACCUUCCAUAUGUCACAAGUAGUCCUACAGCCAGAUUUAUACUGUAUCUUUGAGCAAUGGCUUUAAAACUGUCUACUUAAACUUUCUCCAGGCGAUUGGGUUGCCUUGGUUACAGCCCAAUCCUUAAGCACAUCCCCAAGGCUAACACUAGUAUUUUGUAAAUGUGAUGGUUUUAUUGUCACUUAUUUUAUUCGUUGAACGUUGCUUUUAAAAACAGAAAGCCACACCAAUUCUUUAGCCUAUCAGAUAACACACGUUUAAUUUUGGUUUUGGGAGGGGUGUUAAUAUUUUAAUUCUUAGAUUUUUAUCAUGGCUGCAACACACUUGGGUAAUGACUUCAUCAUAGAGGUGUGGGAGUACCAAAGUGUUUGUCAUUCUACAUAAUAGUGUUCAUCCUGAUAGCAGGAGUGAGGUUUUAACAAAACACAGGCCUUAAGCUGACUUUCUGCCUAUCAGUAAAGUGUGCCUGAGAAGAAUGAAAAAAAAAAAAGUAUCUUUAAAGAAAUGGUGGUUGUUAAAGAGAAUAUGCAACAAGUCUGUCUGAAAUCUCUUUGGGUCUGUUAUGACUGCUGCCCGGCUUAGGUUUGAUAAAUGCUGGUUCCUUUUGAUUUUGGGAAAGUCUGGAAGGCGAGGGAUAACAGGACCCAAGAGAAGGUUCUUGAGAGCAAUCCCAUGUCAAGGAUAAAUGUUAGACACCUGGUGCUUGCACUGAGUGGCUCAGAAAGGGUUUGAGUUGCUGACUAGUGUCUGGUGGUGUCUGGUUCCUGCAGUGGGGUUACAGAGGUGAUUUGCUGUUUGUUCAGCAGCCUGGGUGGACAACACCUCACACAGGUUCAGUGCUGCUAGCUGGGGCUCUUGGAGAGGGGUGCUGAACCAUCCCACUGUGGUGAAAUUCCCAUGAGAAAACACCAGCAAUGGUACCUGCGGGUUUGUUGUGGAAGGAGGGCAGGAACUGCUCCAUAACCUAGAGAUUGGUAAAAUACGGAUCAAGAGAGCUGUGAGAACACUAUUUCCAGUUAGAGCUGGUUGCAAUUUUUACACUAAAUUAUGUGAUAGCAGAAGGGCAAUUUUUUAAUGAGGAGUUCUCUCUUUUUGCAAUGUUACCCACAACAUUUUUGGGGGUUGUUUUUGCUGUUAUGAUUAAAAUUAUACUGAAUUUUUAUCUAAAUAAAUUUCAGAAUUGUUAACAAAUAUUUUUAUUUUUCAAAGACUCAUGUCUUCUUUCACAGUUGUUUGUAGUUCUUUGGUUUCUUCUGCUGGUAAAUUACAGUUUCUGUUACAAUUCUGAAAACUUUUUUGGAUAAAAAUUCUACUUAAACCAAGCAAACGUUCUUGGGAAAUGGUUCAGUAUUGGACCUGGUGAAAUAAAAAAAGCUUUGAAACUUUUUACAAGUUUCAAAGAUUUUUUCUUAUUUUUAACUAAUUUUGCUAAUUUUGAAGUCACUGUUUCCUUUGUUAGAACAAUCCAAGUAAUGUGACUCUUAAAAUAACAGUGUUACUUCUGUUGGAUUCAUUUUUCUUAUCCGUCUUAAAGCCAUGGAGUGGUUGGCUAUAGGGACUGCCAGUGUCUUUUUCUGUGGCAACUGCAAUUUUUUUCUUUGUUUUUAUCUUGCGGUCUUUUUCUGUUUGGCUUUUUCCCUUGAAGAAUAUAGGCACAUUAUGGCAACUGCCGUGAAAAUCAAGAGAUACUGAUUGAACUUCAUCUCCUUUCUGGGCUUGGGAAUGGCAUUUUUCCUUAAACAUUUCUAGAAACAUUACCUGUCUCCCUCAGCAUUUCAAGUUUGAAAUUGCAACAGUUGGUUGCCCAACUGGCAUUUGGAGCCUGAGAGAGAACAGACUUUAUACCUGUGAAAUUAUAACAUUCAUCCAGCAUCUGAAAAUCUAAGAGAAAAAACACAGCCUCGAUAGGUUUCCUGGUGGACACUGAGGAGCAGCUCUCACUUCAGCCUGGAAAUUUUCUGCUGUGGUCUGAAAAAAAGCUAAGUUCCACCCUUGCAGAGCAGUCUGGCAUACACACACACACAUCAGGUGUUAGUGGGGCUAUAACUGAGCAGAAAUACAGGCUGCAAUGUUGACUGUUGCUACUAACUCUGCACUGGGCUUUACUCCUGACUACGUGUCCCUGGUCUCUUUGGCUUCAUGUAACGUGUGGAAGCACUGGGUUUAUCACGGGUAGCAAGAGCAUCCAGUUCAAACUUUUUUUUUUUUUCUUUUUAAUUUUGCUAUUUGUCCAGUAUUCUUAUCCUAAUUAGAUGUUUUAGAAAAUGAGGAAGGAAACAGAAGCCCUAGUGGUGGCAUUACCUUUACAUUUCCAGGGGUUAGAGUCCCUCCCCAGUAACAUCACACUUGGGGUGUCUCUGCUUUUCUGCCUCCCCUUGUCCACAAGCCUCUCUCUUACCCACUUUUUCCAUGUCCUCAAUGUGCACUCAUCUUUGCAGUAAAGAUGCUUUCUUACUUACUUCACCGAGGUAUUGUUAGUCUUAGCUAGUAGUUGGAAAAACUUGUUCAGAUCUUUAAUCAAGUAGUUUUGUGCGUCCUUAGUAUCAGUGGCCUGCCAUAUGGAUAUCAAAGAAAAUUGUUAUAAUUAUUGCUUUUAAAAUGAUUAUGAAAUUGUGCCUUACUUUUUCAGUCAUAUUUAACCAUGUAAUUUAGAACCACAUGAUUGCAGAGAUUUACCAUGAAGAAAUAUGUUUGAAGGAUAGUUUGUUUUUUAAAUUUUUUUUCCUCAAAAAUUAUUUUAUUAGCUUUUCCUCUUUUAUUUUUUUUUCCCUCCAGUUAUAUUCCUUUAAUACGUUUGUGUAAAAGGGCAGCCAGAAUUUGCAUUCGUGAGAGACAGAAGAUUUUAUUUGGUCUUGUAUGUAGAGCUUUCAUUUUCUUUUAUGUUCCUUCAGGAAAAUUCCUCUCUCCCCAGUUACUCAUACUGAGAUGUCUUUAAAUGCAGGCUGACCAGUAAGGGUUUUUUGUUGCUGUUUAAUUUAGUGUGCGGUUUGCUUUGUGGUUGUGGUUUUUCUUUUAAUUAACCAGAUAUCGGGUGCUGGGGAGGCAUUGCACAUUAAUGCAGAACGUUAAUGCUAAUUUUCACAGAAAAGACAAAAUUAGAGUCUUUCCCUGUCUCCAGUGCAGUUUUGUUACUGCUCUGUGUACAACACUAAUAUUAAGCCAGACUGUAAAGGCUAAAUACUCAGAGUGACCUACUUCCAUUCACCAGCAAGAAUCCUUUGUCAGCUGACUCCUGUUUGUUUGUUCAUUUUUAAAUGUCGGAUUACAGAACGAGCAUCUCCUAAAGAUGAAAGAAAACAGUGUUUUCAUGUGCAGGAAAUUUGGAGUUGCAGCAACAGAACAUUUUCUUUGUGAAUUUGGAUGUCAUGGUGUUUUAAGCUCCUGCCUGGAGCCUAAAUCAAUUUGGCCUCUCAUCCAGUUCAUCUAACUGGUGCUCCUAAAAGGCUGCAGCCCUGCAAAAGCUCAUGCAGCACUUUUGGCUGCCUUCCCUUGCUCCCAUUUGGUACAUAUUUGCACAAUUUAACUGAGCUUUUCUUUCUGCUGAAGGUCAGAUGCAAGCGAUACGAAACACUAAACUUUAUAAACAAGCAAAACCAUUUCAACCACAGCAUUUUGGACUAGAAUGGAUUUUUAGGUGGCGCACUGUCUGCUGGCCUUUGGAGAGGGGAUCCUGAGACUGCAUUGAACUGGAACAAGAGGCAAAGCCACAAGCCUUGUUUUUUUUAAUAAACUACUUACUGUAAUCCAGCUACACAGUUUCAGCCUCACACUUCAGAAGAAGCUUCCAGUAGCUAUGCACGUACAGGCACUUUCUCUCUUGCAGAAAGUGAAACUUUCCCAACCAGAGUAAAUUUAACCUAUUGCAUAAGAUGCUGGAAGUUGGUUGUUUUUUUAUUUUCCUUGGGAGUCUCACUGUAACCUCUGUGUGCAGAGGAUGAAUAGCUUUUCUUUUUCCCCCUCUUUUUUUUUUUUCUUUUUUCUGACAAGAUUAGAUGUUGCAUAUUGAUGAGCUAGCAUUUCAAAGGUCCAUGGGGCUUUGGAACAUAUUAAGAAUCUCUGAAGUUUAAUAUUCACCAUGUUUUAAAUAUUCAGAAGGAAAAAUCUGCAUAAAAUGGCUUUUGAUAAAUACAUUCUAGGGAUUCUUUCUUUCUCUCUUACACAAGCAUUGUGGGGAUUGUGGCUGUGCCAGUUUUGCUCCAAAGUGUCUUUUUUUCAGUGGUUCAGGAUCAUUUUGAUUGCAUUUGUAUGCCCAGUACCAGUCCUGAAGUCUGUUACGGUUUCUGCUGGGACUGUACAGCAGGCAGGUGGAUGUGACCAAGAAAAAGGUUCAGCUGAGCAUUGGAACUCCUGAAUAUUUGCUUGGGGGCUCCCUCCUGAUGACAGCUGGGCACAUCCAGCCCUUUUCUGUGCCUGCUUCUUGUGAUAGGGUUGGGAUCAGCUCAGUGGUCAGGCCUGGAUGAGAGCUUUCUGCAAAGGUGCUCUGUACCAGUGGGGUUUUGAGAUUGGGAAGGGCAAUAUCCUGGGUGCAGGAGCAAAGCAAAGUGUCAUUUGAUGCAUCUCGUAUCUCACAGGGCAGUCUCCCCUUCCUUGGAAGUCUCUUUGGUGAGAAUCUCAGCAGUAAAAAAAGUGCCUUUAGGAGAAAUCCUCCCCUGGGCAUGCUCUGUUUCUCAUGCUCUUGAAAAUCUGAUCCAAGCUUUAGAUGAGGAGGAUGAGUUGCUGGCUGCAAAGGUGCAGCUGUUCUGCUGUAUUAUCAACAUGUGUCCCAGGGUGUUGCAGGACAGCACUUUGGUCCCUCUCACACCCAGCCUUGACUUUGUCACACCAGCCCCUGUUGAAUCAGUGCCUGGUAUUUGUUCUCAGGACCGCUCUGGCUCAGGCCAAGGGCACCUCAUGCCUCUAUGCAAAAGGUGGUGCUUUCAGGUUUUACCUUACAAAUAAUGCAGCCCUUUCAAACUCACCUUUCUUCUCUUAUAUAUUCCUGACAGAAAUAGGAUUUUAAAUAUUUCAUAGCAUUCUUCUUUCUUCUUCCUUUUUGCCAGAUGCCUUGAAAACAUUGUCAGAUAACGAUCUGGGGGGGAUCAGGAUCAGUUUCCUUUCCUUCUUGAUUGCAUGGUGUAGGUUUGCAAUGAGAGUUUUGUGCUUUUUUCUUUUUGCCUUUUUUUUGUUUGUUUUUGUUAGUCUUACAGAACAGAUGCCUUCAUUUUAUGCAGAGAAAGAUUGUCUAUGAUCAGAGCUAAUCCAGGAUGGCAGGAUUGGACCCCCACAGUGAAAGCUCGAAAAGUGAUUGCAAAAGUAUUCUGUUUCUCCUUUAUUAAUUGCACAGGAAGUUUCCACCAAAGGCUCAUGUAGCCCAACUGGCCUAUGUAAUAAGUAGCAGGGCCUGUAAUUACAGUCUGUCUUCUGAUCCUAUCUGUGCUCUGACUUUCUAGGCACUGCAGUUCUAUUUACAUCUGGCUCUCUGUCACAAUUCUAAAUUUUUGAUUGGUCACUAAGGGAAGGAGAGCACGAGCCAUGAGCCCUGAGAGGUGCAGUGAGUAUAAACGAGGGAGUCCUCCUCACUCUGAGGUAUCCACCUGAUUUGGGACCCGGAGCACAAGGAACAGGAGGAUUUUACCAGCCAUGCAGCAGAGGAAGUGGGCUGCCUGCCAACUGGGUAUCUUUCAAGACCUCAGAGUUCUUUAUAGGACUGGAAAUUUGAACCUUUUACAGGUCUUAACUAGUGUACUCUCCUUUGAGACAGUUCAUCAGCAUUUCUUUGCUCAGAGCUGUUCCUACAGGAUUUGACCUUUUUUCUCUGUAAGAUUCAAGGUUUGAUAGUUGCAAAGAGAUCCUUCCCCAUAUGGCAUGAGGAGGGAGAUGGCUGUUGGCAUCGAGCAGAAAGCUGUGUUACAAAUCCUGGUGUCAAUGUAGAAAGCAAGAGUAACUUGAGUGGGAGGGGGAAGGCAGUGAUUUACACGUGGUUCAGUACCAGGUUCACCAGCUCUGAGCACCAGCGAGCACAGCCUCGAGCAGAUGAGCUCCCUGGGGUGUCAGUUCUGAGACCUGCAAGAGAAUAAUGGGCUCCUCAUGGGAGUGUUUGGUGCUGGUCACUUUGCAGUCGUCUCUUGUCUAGUUGGAAACAUGCCCUAAACUUUGGGUAAAGCUACAGAAUGGUGCCCCCCAGACUUUUUCCUCAAGGCAGACUCCCAGUGUUAUGUUUGAUCAAGAGGAAUGAAAGCCAUUAGGCAAAUACUGCACUCUGCAAUAAAACCCAUUAACAAUCUACUAUGGAUACUUUUAAUGUCCAUUAAACUGUUACACAAAUUGUCCCUUUUCUACAGCCUGCACUGUUAUUUCAUUAUUUUUAACCUGACUUCUGUUUAAAAAAUACCUCUCAAUUUUUUUUUUUGUAACUCUGCUUCUAAGAAAGUUGAUGCUUUAAAGGGUAAAAAAAAAAACCAACUUAGUUUCAAACAUGGGUUUUUCAGGCUUCUAAAUUAAUAAUUUCUACACCUGACCCAGUUCCUGCAGCUGCC